GUCCUUUGUUCCUUAUCCUUUGAUCAUUGUUUCUGUAGUUAAUAACUUUUGAUACAAUAGCUUUUUAACAGCUGUUUUGUGAAACAGAAUAGACAACAUUCACCAGAAUUAACUUGCAGAGCCUUUCCUGUAAUAACUAUUUGAACAUUUUACCCAACAAUAAUUUCUAGUAAAAGUAUUAGCUUGCAAAAAUAAAGCUUAAAAAAUAAAGUGUUGCAACAUAAUUAUCAAAUCAUUUAGUAAAGAAUGAUACAAUUGUAAAAGAAAAAUUAGAAUUAAAAAAAGGUUGUAGCGCAGUUUACACUGAGCAUAGCUAAUAAACUUUUACUUUUAUAGUUAGAAAGGCAUAGACGACAGUCCUUUCCCCUGCUACCUAAUUGCUUGAGCUGUUUUCCUAUUAGUGUGUAUGUAAGAAUGUUUCAAAGCAGAGUCAUCUUAAUGUAGCAUUACAAUAUGUUAAUUUGCAAUGCUUUUCAAGUCUUUGGAUCAAUACAUAGAUAGCCCAACAGAUUGUUUAACUUACAAAAAGACUUAUCCCUUGUGAAGCAAGUUAUUUUUUCCUGCAGCAACAUAGAACACGUGUAUAGACAUUGUGCAAAACAGUUAAAACUUAGUUAACAUGUAGUUUUCAACAAAUAAUGUUUUUGAUCCAUGGUGUUUGAAAUUUAGUGAGAUUACAUGCAUAUUUGUUUAACUGAUUAAUGUAAUGUUCAAAUUAAAGAUUUAUGCUUUUCAUUCUUUCACUUUUUUCACUACAGUAGAGCACAUCAGCAUGGUAGCCCCACUCAGUCCCCUCCAACAGGAACUCCUGCUUCAGGCCGCAGGGGAAGACAACUUCCACAGGUCCCUAUUAAGAGCAGCAGCAUUGAACAAGCCCUUGCAGUGGAAGAAAGAGCAAGACAGAUGAAAAUGAAGGUACAUGCUUACAAAUCAUCCACAAUGUCUAGCUCAAGUCAAGAACUGGAACACGAGGUCAAGAUGAAACGUGAGUUAUAUAAAGAUAAGCACAGAAGCUGUGACAAUGUAUCUACAAAAUCAUCAGACAGCGACAUUAGUGAUGUGUCAGCCAUUUCUCGUACCAGCAGUGCCUCUCGCCUAAGUAGCACCAGCUACAUGUCAGUACAAUCUGAACGUCCACAGGGCAGAAUCAGGUCAAAAUCCUUAGAAAGCUACAAAGGUGAGGAGAAAAGAGAGAGAAGGAUAUCGUGGGAAUUAAAUGACAAGGGCCAGGAGAAGCAUGCGAGGGAAAAAAACAUCCCAGAAGAUCUGAGGAGGAGGCGGCAUUCAGUUGCUGGUGAUUUGAGGUAAAAGUCAGCUGCCCUGCCCUGUUGCCAUCCCUACAGUGUCAUGGACCUUCCUGUUGUACCAAUAAAAUACCA